AUGGCCAUUGUCGAAGAAUACUCGGGUCCCGCAGAGACGGGCUCCUCGUCAACAUUCACACUCUCGUCCAAGAUCCAACGUGAAAUAGAAUCAAAUUCAAUAUCUCGGCCCAAAGGAUACCGAGUAUCAUGGCACUACAAUCCAGCCGUCGAAAACCACCACUUCGGACAGACUCACCCCAUGAAACCGUGGCGACUAACUCUCACCAAAUCCCUCGUCCUCUCCUACGGCAUGCACACGGCAAUGGACACAUACAUCCCGCGCCCGGCGACCAAAGAGGAACUCGCCGAAUUCCACAAGGAUAGCUACGUCGACUUCCUCUCGGUCGCGACGCCGCAGAAUAUCUACGAAAUGUACCCUGAGCUCGCCGCAGGGCCUACAGGCUACAGCUCGGCCAUCUUCGGAGUCGGCGACGAUUGUCCGAUCUUUGACGGCCUCUUCGCCUUCUGCUCCACAUACACCGGCGCAUCCAUCGACGCCGCACGCAAACUCUGCAACAAACAGUCCGACAUCGCGAUCAACUGGUCUGGCGGCCUCCACCAUGCCAAAAAGGCCGAGGCGAGCGGUUUCUGCUACGUCAACGACAUCGUGCUCGCCAUCCUACAGCUGCUCCGCCACCACCCCCGCGUUCUGUACAUCGACAUCGACGUGCACCACGGCGACGGAGUCGAACAGGCCUUCUGGAGCACCGACCGGGUCAUGUGUGUGUCGUUCCACAAAUACGAUAGAGAAGUAUUUUUCCCCGGCACGGGGCCGCUCGAGUCCACGGGGCCCAUCCACCCGGACAACCCGGGCAAGAACUACACCAUUAACGUGCCGCUCAACGACGGCAUCGACGACGAAGGCUACGCGUACCUGUUCCAGAACGUCAUCGAGCCGACCGUCAAGACCUUCAACCCGACCGCGAUCGUCCUCCAGUGCGGCGCCGACAGCCUCGGGCAUGACAGACUCGGAUGCUUCAACCUGAACAUCCGCGGCCACGGCAGCUGCGUGAGCUUCGUCAAGAGUUUCGGCAUCCCGAUGCUCGUCGUCGGCGGCGGGGGGUACACGCCCCGGAACGUCGCGAGGGCGUGGGCCCACGAGACGUCGAUCCUCAUCGGCGCCGACAAGACGCUCAACCCCGAGUUGCCCGAGUUCAUGCCCCACCGCGAGGCGUUCCGGAGGGAGGGCUUCACGCUCUUUCCGAACCUGAGCGCGUGGAAGAAGGAAAACAUGAACUCGCGCGCCGAUAUCGAAAAGAUCAUCCGCCACGUGAGGGAGCAGCUGGCGUACAUCCGCGGCGCCCCGAGCGUGCAGAUGCACCACAUCCCGCCCGACUUGCAGGGCUGGAGGGAAGAAGCCGAAGAUGAUCUGAGAGCCAAGAGGAACGAGAGGGACGAAGCCAGGGAAGACCGGGACGGCGCGGGGGGCCUGGUUGCGAAGGCGAGCAGGAGGAGAGAGCUAGAACGGAACGGUCCCUCUGCUGGAAACACAUUUUUGUCCUGA